GCGCGCUGAAUCUGGAAUUCUCAUCACACAUGUACAAAUUAUCUAGAGAUAUUACCACACCUAUACGUAUUAUCUAGAGAUACACUACAACAUGUCGAAAGCACCAACUACCAUUGGUGACAACUAUACCGUCCUUCCUAUCGCAAUUCCUUCUACACCUGCAUACCCCGUUACGACGACGCAUCACAUAUAUUUGCGACAACAUGCUCCAAAGAUUCCGUCCGAGAACGAUUCGCGGAGUCUCUUCGCAACAAACCUACCUAUAGAUUCCACAGAUAUUCAUAUUCGAAGCGUAUUCGCAGCAUUGAUAGGUGUAGGCCGAGUCGAAGAUGUACGAUUCGAUGGAGAAAAGGAAGAGGUUGUUGCACAAAAACUGGUCGAGACUACCUCGCAGAGCAAGAAGAGGAAGAGAGGAAGCGAAACCGAAAUUGAUACCAGUUUGCCCCAAGGAUGGGAUAGGCAAUUGCGCAUCAAGGGAAGGACAGCUGUGGUAUUAUUGGUAGACGAGAAAAGCGUAGAAUCCGUUCUAAAGGCUGCGCGAAAAACUUGCAAAUCGGGCAAGGAAUCAAAAUACCCUGUUUGGGGUGCAGGCGCUGAAAGCAAAGUGCCCGCUUUGGGUAGUGCACGUUAUGCAAUGAGGCAGGAAUUACGAUUCCCUGACAAAUUAGCGGUACAGAGGAGUGUAGACGCUUUCAUGACGAAAUUUAAUAGCAAGGAAGAGGAGAGAGAGAGAGAGAGGAAGAGAUUAAGGAAUGUACCAGAUGAGGAUGGGUUUGUGACAGUAGUGAGGGGUGGAAGAACAGGCCCAGCGAGAAAUGAGGCGGCGGAAGAAAAGAGAAGAGAGAUGGCCGAAAAGGAGGAGAAGAGGAGAAAGGAGCUGGAGGACGCAGGAUUUUAUAGGUGGCAGGGACGAGAGAAGAGAAAGAAGGAGGUUGGAGAGCUAGUCAAGAAAUUCGAGGAGGAUAGAAAGAGGGUGGAAGGCAUGAGGGAGAAAAGAGGAAGGUUCAGACCUGAGAGAUGAUCAAGCCCGAGAAGCUUGACAAUGAUACCUUAGACUGGAGAUUGGAUGGUCUCCGCUAAUAAAGCCUCAUUCUCAGGCAAGCCUCAAUUGUUGAGUAGGCUUAUGCCUUUGAUCUCAUCUGGAUCACCUCACUCACAUGCCUCAGACAAGCAUGUACGAAAUUUACACUUAGCAAACAGUCCUAGCUUAAAACCAUGAGUUCAGUCAUAAAACCUAUAAAUAAUUUCGAAGUUCGACAACAAACCAUAGGAUUGUUCUCCCGUUCUUUCACGCACAAAGAAAUAUUUCGACUUGUUGUGUUAAAUUUGCUAAGUGAAAGAGCUUUCGCCGGAA